CGUCAUUAUACUAUCCAGCUCAUCAGUCAUGUCGUUUGCCCCGCCACCGGGCCCUCCAACUCCCUCUGUUCCUGAGGGAUGGAAGGCUCAGUUCGAUGACCAUUAUAAGCAAUGGUUCUUUGUAGAUCUACGAACGGGCCGAUCGCAGUGGGAAUGUCCCGAGGCGCCGCCUCAAGCAGGUACAGAAAUACAUGGCCCACCAAGCGAGCCACCACCGUCCUACGAUGCCUCGGGUCUUGCCAAGUCAUCUGCAUCAGCUGCUGCGCAUGAGAAGAAACCCCUUGAUUCGAUGAACCCGUACAAAUCGCCAGGACCUGGGCAUCAAACUCUAGAUGACGAUGCUCGGCUCGCUGCACGGUUACAGGCAGAGGAGGAUGCGCGAGCUUUUCGCAGAAGCCCGGCACCUGGCGGUACUGCAUCCGAUUACUAUAUUGGCGGUACUCGGAGGCAGGAUGCUGGAUACCAAUCAUCGGAUCCUCAGUCGCAAAACUCUUCUCUAGGACCAGCUCAGCAACGUAGCAGAGGGUUCUUAGGCAAAUUGAAGGAUAAGGUCGCCGGUAAUGGCGGCGCUUCUUAUUCUCGGCCGCAACAACCUGCACCGCAACAUUCCUAUAGCUACUCUCAAGGCGAGUAUAACUAUGGAGGCGGCGGCGGCUACCCUCCGCAACAGGCAGCGUAUGGGUACCCAUCAUAUCCUCCGCAGGGUGGCUAUUAUUCAGCCCAACAACAGCCACAACAGCGACGGCAUGGAAUGGGCACCGCGGGAGCUGCGGCCUUAGGUGUUGGUGGUGGACUUCUAGGUGGUAUGCUGCUCGCGGAUGCUGUGGAAGACAUGUCGCACGAUUACGGACCACCUCCAGGUGAUUAUGGGGAUGAUUACGGGGGCGAUUAUGGUGGUGGUGAUGAUUUCGGUGAUUUCUAGAGCAUUCUACCUUCGCUUGUCACAUUUCUGCUGUAACACUCUCUUUGCGAGCGGGUUAGACCUCUCCCUUAUGUGAAAUGUCGUUAUGAAGGAUCACACAUCGACGAUAAUGAUGCAUAUAUAUUGCCUAUGUCUCAUUCUAGAAGUCCAUCAAAACGAUCCUCUUCUGUUAGUGCAGAUUGUUUGCAGCUGACUUGUAAUUCCACCUCCUAUUUUGGCCCUGUCACACUUACCUCGACAUAGUUUGAUUGGCUUGUACUCUGGGAGAAAUCUACAAU